AUGCGAUCGGUCGGUUCGCAUGAUGGUCGUCCUGGGGCAUCCCAGGCACCUCAGGAUGAAGAUAAUCUCAACGAAGUCGCUGCCCCUCCUCCUGUCUACGACCCCUCGGAGAAGUCGAUACGGUUAAAUGACUACCUGGAAAGCCAGCCGGAACGCAGGUCCCAGAUCAGUCCUCGUGACACCAGAGAUGCAGCCGACGAUACGCAGAGCCCGGACGAAGACCCCCAAGAAAAACACUCCAAACCCAGACGCAUCCCGAAGUUCCUGCAGACGACAUACGUUGUGUCGUACCUGAUUCUAUUCUCGAUGAUCGGUACUUUGCUCCGGUUGGUCAUCGAGUGCCUCACCUUUUAUCCGGGGGCCCCUGUCAAUACCAGUGUCCUGUGGGCGAACGUCGGGGGCAGCAUGGUCAUGGGCUUUCUGAGUGAGGACCAAGAGCUGUUCCACUCUGAAAGUGUUGUAUCGACUUUUCCUGAGCAUGUAAAAAACGAUCCCUCGCAGCGUACCGCGCAUUUGAAAGCGCACAAGAAGACCGUGCCCUUGUUCGUCGGGCUUACCACCGGCUUCUGUGGAAGUCUUACUUCCUUCUCGACCUUUAUCCGCGACGUCUAUCUGGCAUUAUCGAAUAACCCAGCCGUCCCAAGCGGUCCCUACCACGAUGUCUCCUUGUUCGUGUCUGGUUCCCCCGGGUUGGAAUCUCCGAAUGGCGGAUUUAGCUUCAUGGCGAUUCUCGCUGUUCUCUUCACUGAGAUUGGCCUCUCGUUGGCUGGUCUGUUCCUCGGGGCUCAUAUUGCUAUUGCUUUGUCGCAAUGGACGCCCAGUCUGCCCCAGACAUGGCUGCGGAAAUAUUUAGACCCCCUCACCGUCAUACUGGCGUGGUUAUCGUGGAUUCUUGUCAUCCUUCUCGUUAUCCUGCUGCCCAAAAACCACGGAGCAACCACACUAUGGAAUCCAAGUGUAUGGCGCGGACCAUUUCUCUUCUCCCUAGUAUUUGCACCAGUCGGCUGUCUGGCCCGCUUCUACGUCUCUCUCAAACUCAACAGCCGGAUAGUCGGGUUCCCCCUAGGAACAUUUGCGGUUAAUAUAGGAGGCACCAUGGUACUGGGGAUGGCAUAUUCCAUACAACACGCUGCAGUGAGCACCUCCCGGCUCACCAUAGGAGGCAUUACCGGCUGUCAAGUCUUGCAAGGUAUCAUGGACGGCUUUUGCGGGUGCUUGACAACAGUCAGUACCUGGGUCCUGGAACUGUCCGAUUUGCGCCGCCGGCAUGCCUAUGUUUACGGGGGCGUCAGUGUGGCGGUUGCCUUGGGCUUUCUGGUCGUGGAAAUCGGGAGCUUGCAGUGGACUCGUGGUCUCUCUACACCUGCAUGUUUACAGUGA